AGAGAGCAGGACUGUGUGUGUGUGUGUGUGUGUCAGCUGGGAGAGGCGAGGUUGCUCAGUCCGCCGCUCGCUCUCACACCAACUCGGCGAAAAGAUGGCGACGGUCAUGCAGCGGCAGAGAUCCCGCAGACGAUUGGCCGCUCUCACCUUCCUCUCGAACAUUUCCCUGGACGGCACGCACCGGGACACUCGCCUAUCCCAGUACGGCGGCGGAGGAUUCUUGGGCAAGGUGCUGGACGUCCGAAACGAUGUGCAGUCGGACAGAAACAAGGAAAACCAGGCCGUGGUGGGGGAGGGCCAGCCGAGCAUCCCAGCGGUAGCAGCCAAGCAAGUGCCAGGAGUGCCACCGUGCCAGUCUGAUGGUCAUAUAUUCGCCAGGGACUCCAGUGACGGCGGCGGCACCGAAAAGCCUCAUGGGAUACAAUUUAGGGACAGAACCAACACAAAUAAUUCUGAAGCAGGAGACCGUUCUGCAAUUCAGCGAAAGCGCCCCACUCAACACCACCUUCAUCACCAUCCCCACCUGGUGGAGAAGGCUCCAUGCUUUAGCAGCAGUGAGAGCCUCGGUGGUCCUCUGCCCAAUAUUGGUGGUGGGCGCACUAGAAAGCUAUCAAGUAAUGUGUCUGACUCCUCGGGACCACCAAACAAGGGGGUGAAGUUCUUCAAAACAGGACAUGACCACCACCCUCGUGAUGACAGGAUUGUUCUGCUUUCAACACACCGAAUUCCUUUCUAUAUUUUUUCAUCUCUGCCAUAUAAUAAACCAAAGCUUGGAGGCCGUGGUGAUCACCACUAUGGGCGUGGGGAGAGUGGCCGUCGGCGCCAUGCAUCAGGCAACAGGACGCUCUCCACUAUCAGUGACAGCGGCGAUCCUUCACACAUUCUGGGCUAUGAUCGCAAUGAUGAGUUUCUGCAGGAAAGGUCAUAUUGUGAACUCCUGGUGCCAUCUCGGAGUUUCUUUUGCAAGCCUCGGCGGCAACAGUCAGAGCACAAUGAUUUGUGUGACAUGAAUGAGCGCUGCAUGCACCCUGGUGUGGCUCGCUGCUUCAGUUAUGAACCUGCCACACACAAAGCCACAGCACACUAUGUCCCUCAUCCCCAGCAUGGCCACCUAGACAAAGCCAGCAGUGGUGGGGGUGAGAUGGAGGAGUGGCGGCUCCUGGGCACAUUGACGGGCAGCAGCCACCAAUACCUACCCAAUAUGCUGGAUGAUCCUGAACUCCGUGCUGGAAAGCACCGCAAGCUGCUUCGCUUUCCAUCCUAUAUGACAUCAGUCAUGGAUUAUACCAAACCCUCAGAAUUGAAAAAAGAAUUGAAUGAUAAAUUCCGCAGCAAAUUCCCUCACAUCCAGCUGACUCUGAGCAAACUUCGCAGUUUGAAACGCGAGAUGCUGAAGAUUGCUCGGCAGGAGUGUGACAUAGAUUUAUUGACAGUGGCUCAAGCUUAUGUUUACUUUGAACGCCUCAUCCUGAAAGCCAUUGUCAACAAACAGAACAGGAAACUUAUUGCUGGAGCUUGUCUCAUCCUCUCAGCCAAGAUGAACGAUGUUAAGGGGGAAGUUCUCAGUAAUUUGAUUGAGAAAACAGAGAACACAUUUCGCCUCAAUAGGCGUGACUUGACCCAUUGGGAGUUUGCAGCAUUGGUUGCCUUAGAGUUUGGACUUCACCUGCCAACAUGGCAAGUGAAUCCACACUAUCAACGGCUCUUAUUUGAGUCUUGACGAAAGCAAGGGACUGGAAAUUCAGCGUUCAACGUUUGACCCAGUUGUUGCUGAGGUAGAUACAACAGAGAAGGUUUGGUCACAAGCCAUGAUCUCAAGUAUAGAUAGGAUGUUGUCUCGGAUACCAUUUGCUUCCAUUUGAAACUAGUUCCAAACAGUUUUGAUAAGAAAUACUAGAAGACUGUCUACAUCUUCCUUUCAUUCAACUUCUUAAUGGUAAGUUUGAAAUCCUUGCAAUGUUGGAAAAGUAUAUGUUGUUUUGAGUGCAUCUCACAUAGUUCCUUUCUUCAUCUAUUGUGGCAAUCACAGAUAUUAUAUCUUCCAUUUUAAUUUACUAAUAUAUAUAUAUAUAUAUAUAUAUAUAUAUAUAUAUAUAUAUAUAUAUAUAUAUAUAUAUAUAUAUAUAUAUAUAUAUAUAUAUAUAUAUAUAUAUAUAUAUAUAUAUAUAUAACCACAAUUCUCAUAUGUAGAGCCUUCACUGUAUCUGUGGUGAGAAGGUAAACUGGUAAGGAUUUUUGUAGUUCACUCAUUGUCUUUACAAAGUUCAUCAUAGACAUGCAUCACUUUGUAUAUGUUGUCAUUCAGUCAUCAAAGUUGAUUUUUUUAAUAUGGAGAAGACUGAGGGAUUACAGGGUUACAGUUUUGUGUAUUAGAGCAUGUGUUUUAGCAGCAUGCUCUACCUUCAUCUCAGCAACAAGAACAAGAAUUAAACUAAUUGACUGCUGACGUUGUGUUGUAUGGGCAGCAUAUGCUAUGAUUAUAUGUAGUAUUGCUUGUAUUUUUGCUCUAUGGUGAUUCCUCAUUGUUGAAAAGGCAUUUACACAGUAAAUAUUUAUCUUUAUGAAAACCUCUCUGCCUUGCAGUAGCUUUUAAUUGGUAACUUUGUUAUGGCUUUGCAUUACCAGACGUGAAGUUUGCAUCAAAGGUCUUUGGGAAAAUCAGUAAGAAAGAGUUAUCAUGAAUUCAGCUGGAUGAAUGGUACAGACACAUGAUGUUUCAUGUGCUAAAGAGGGAACUGUAACCUCAGUAGGAUUACAGUUUUUGAUCAAGACUGAUAGGCAGUAUGGUAUGACAAUGGUACAAAGAAUGACUGCUUGCAGUGCUACUAAUACUUAAUAUAUGUUAACUUUUGAUAAAUAUGUUGCCAUAGAAAUACUAACAUGUUGCUCAUACAGUAUUGAAGUGUAAGGAGAGGAGUGCUUUUGAGACUAUUGUGUCUUACCAGUCCUCAGCAAAGAUUUAGCCUAAAGUGGCUUGAUUUCACAUAAAAUUUUUAUGGAGAAACUUUAGAAUGUACUUAUGACAUGUUUUGCAUUUUUAGUAGCAUCUGGAGCAAUUCUACUGGUUUACCUUUGAAGCUGUUUAAAAAGAAAAUUCUUACCCUAUUCACCUCAAUCUUGCUAAUCUGAACCUCAUUCUGGGGAAGUAUGGUACUUAAUUUUCUGCACUCCAUUAUUUUAUUAUUAGUAUUCAUUCAUUCAUUUUAGUAAAGUGGUCACAAGAUAAUAUCUGUCAGUUCCUCACCAAUAAUCUUGCCCUUCAUCCAUAUUACAGUUAUUUCAAACUUGCAGGUAAUUUUUCUGAUGCACCAACUACUUCAGUAUUUGUACUUUAUACAUUAAUUAAUUUUGUUACCUCACUGUCAUAUACAUGAGUACAAUAAUUUAAAAGUGACAUCUUCCUGGGUAUGAAAUCUUCCAUGCAUAGAGUUCUCUAUGUUGUUAAAAGAACCUUGUUUGCCAGCCUUUAAUAUUUUUCUUGGCAGAUGAGCCCAGCAUAUAUAGUAGUUGUCUAUUAUCCCAGAACAAUCAGUGUUUCAUCUUAUGAUUUCAAUAUCUCAGAUAUUGAAAUCAGAUAUUUCAUCUUCAGGAUUUUUUUUUUUUUUUUUUUUUUUUUUCUUUUUAAGAUGUAUGAAAUUGAAUUCAUAGAGUAAAAUAAGUUGGAACUUCAUGUUGCUCAUUUGUUGUGCAUCCAUGUGCUAUUGUUUGCUUGUGUUUCUAUGCAUGUAUGUGCUGGCUUUAUGUUCUAAUGAACAUUCAAUGAACACCUCUAAGUUGUCUUCCAGCUUGCACUUUUCCAGCAUUUGUUUAAAUAGCGACAUUUUAGUCUCCAAGUAUUCUUUAUUUUUAGAAUCUUUCUCAGAGGAAGUUUCCCCAACAAAGAGAAUACCCAGCCCAUGGCUUUGAUGUUGCUCUCAUCCUGCUGGUAUGAAUAAUAGUAAGGAUGUGAAACAAAAUUAUGAUAUGAACUUCUUUUCACAAAAUUAAUAUUUUCAAAAUUCCAAAUGUAGUUUUGAUGUGAUUUCUAUCUAUCCUUUUCCCAAUUCCCUCAAUGUGUAGUGUUUCUGGAAACAUUGAGUGGUAGCAGAAAUGCAUCUUCCCUUGGUUAGAGAAUUGGACUGGGUUUUUAAGAUAAAUGGUGAACCAUUCUAACAUGAAUAUUUUUCAUACUACAAAAGGGAUUAACUUCUUCUUGACAUUUGAUUGAGAAAUGGCAUGCUUCUGAAAGACUUUGGUUCUCUGUGAAUUUCCAAAUAUGAUAUUCUUAAAGCAUGGGUAACUUCAUUGAUUGUUGUGAAGGAUGCAUGGAAAGUAGAAAAUUUCAAAACCUGUGUUAUUAAGGAUGAAAAUACUAUCUCAUGGUAUGAGUAUUGGAAUAAUUGGUCAGUAGUUUCUGUAUUUAUAUGGAGCAAAUCAAAUAUCAGUGUGAGAAUUAAUGCCUUGAAACCAAUACUAAUUAUAUAGUUGUCUUGUGCUUCUGCUUAUAUAAAGGAAAUUUUUUGGAUAUCGUCAAAUGGAUUUAAUUUAAGGCUGUUACCUUUAUGAAAGGUAUCCAGCAUUCAUCAAGCCCGGUGAUGAUAAACCUGGUGAUGUAGGCAGGUGUACUGUCCUGCUGGAACAGUCUGGUAUGUAUGAGCUCUUGCAAGAUUUCAGGGAGGUAAAUAUUAGGGAGUUAUAGGGGAACAGUGAUUCCUGUUAAGAUUUUUUAGAAGUGCAAGUACACCUAAACUCUCAACAGUAAUUGCCAGACCGUGAGUGAAUUGGGAUGUUUUAGUGUGCUUUUCAUGUAUACCAGACCAUAGCUACUGGUAAUUAUUAUAACUUACCUUACUGUGGCCCUCCUAAGGAACUUAAUGGUGAAGCCAUUGCUCAAAUUUUGCAUUAAAGGAUGCAGCUCACCCAAGUAACAAAAUUAUUUGGUAAAAUGACAAAGUUAGCCAUGUGAAGAGGUGUUCUUCAAUCAGGAGGGGGAAAAACUCUGAGGUGUGGUAAUAUUGUGAAUCAUGCUGUGACAUAAGGAUAAAUCCAUACCAGACUGUAAAUUAAGAACAUAGGCCACAUGGUAAAAGGUCUUCAAUUUAUUGCUCAUCACUUCCCUGAAUGUAAAGACACUUGACAAUGAAAGUCAACAAGUUAGUGCUCAUCACUUCCCUGAAUGUAAAGACACUUGACAAUGAAAGUCAACAAGUUAGUUGGAUCUCAUUAAAAAUACGAGUUUAUUAGUGUUGAUGCAACAAGCAACUGGAUAAGGAUUUCAAUUUGGUUAUAGGGAACUUUACAUGGAAUGAUUAUUUUUGUGUUCAUAUGAAUAUGUAUGUACUGUACUUAAAGUGAGUUUUCAGUGUGUUUUUCAAAAUAAUGUGGCUGUUAAGAAUUUCAGUGAAGUGAGAGAUCUCAGCAGGAAUUUCCCUUGUAAAUGGUGACCAGGAAUCAAGUUAUUUGUAAAAGUCACAUCAGAAAGCUGAAGAAAAUGUGUUUCCACUAUGGUAGAAUAGUUCUUUGGUGUGGCUUAUAAAUGUUACUUUUGAAAAGUUUCAACAGUAUUGCUAUGGAUAUGUAGAAGGUGCCAGUGUGUGGAAGAAGUCACUGCAUGGGUUACAGACCCAAGCACUUGACUCAAGGGUUUGUCAAGUGCUUAUUAUUACUUUUCACAUAGCUUUAAUUCCUCUUAUAUUAUAGACACUUCAUAGAAGUUUUUUGUGCAACAUUUGUGUCUUAUUCCUAAAGGAAUUUGCAUCUAGUCUAAUGAGUUUCACUGGUGAUGGCAUAGUACAACUACUACUGAUUAGCUCUGGAAGAUAUGCAUAACUUUGUAUAUUCUAGAAAUGUAUAUUUUCUUUACUGAAGAGAGAUAUCAUAAUUUUUGUGUUUUGUUGAUUGGCAAGGCCUUCUUAUAUUGUUAGUGUAUAUUAGCUGUUGUUGGCAUGUGGGCCCAGGAUGGAGUCAAAUCCAAUUGCAGGUUCCUCAGUUGUCACUGCAUAAGACACAUCUACUGUGUGCAAUCUCCACUGAAUGCUGUAUUAAGAUAUAGAAGGUAUGGCAAUGCAAAACUUGUAAAAGACUUAAGGGGUAAACUCUACAAGAAAGUUAGUUGCCUGAGAAGACUCUCAGACUGUAAGUACAGGCAUACUGUAAAAAUACAGUUACCAAUAUGGUAAGUCACUAGCACUGAUGACAUUUGCAUUCAAAAUAAAGUCAGUGAAACCAGAAUAAUGAUGCUUUGUAAGUUAUAUAUUGCCACACCUUACAUGUAUAGUAUAUAUCCCCAUAGUAAAGUAUCCUUACAUGCAAUGUUAGAGAAAAAAUGUGCUUUGUUUAGAUAAUAUGAUAUUUAUAGUGUAAUGUAGGACUGUAUUAUUGUGCUCUUAUAAAGGAUAAGUUUUAAAGAUUAUUACUGAACUAGAAUGAAUAGAAGCUAAUCUCUGCAGUAUUAUAACACUGCACAAAGCAUACAAUCUAUUUCUGUGGGUGUGUGACAUUACUUGUCUGUUGUGGUGUGGUAGGAUACUGUGCUACAAUGCCUGGUGUAGUAUGGUUGUUGAGGGAUGCAACACUUGGGGAAACAAGGGGACUGGGCUUGGGAUUUAGUUAUCUAUGAUGAAAAGUAGGAUUAAGACAAAAAGUGAGAAUUACUAUUAAAUGAAAGUUUCUUAUAUAAACUUAUAAAACUCCAUAGUAAAGAUACAUUUUCAACAUUUUUUGGUAUUUGUUAUAUAUUUUACUUUAAUAUAGUCUAGAAUGUGCUUUGUUGUACUGGUGAUGCAUUUUUGUUGUACUGCCAUCAUGUUUGUGUUCAGAGUUCAUGAAAUUCCCAGCAGGAAAAGGUGCUUCAUGACUGUGUUUUCAGUGAAUAACACUUUUUUUUAGUAAGCUAAUGCAUUUUUCCCCCAAUGUCAUCAAGUGUAACUAGUAGAUUAACCUCCUGUAAAAUCUUUACAGUGUGGUUUAGUACUGCUAAAAGUAAAUAGUUUCACUAGUUAAGAUAGGAGAAAAUUAACCACUGGAAAAUCUAGAUUCAAUAUUUGAUUUUCACUAUAAAUUUUAUUUAUAACUCCCUGUGAUACACACACACGCACACACACACACACACACACACACACACACACACACACACACACACACACACACACACACACCUCAUGAUAGAUCAAUUGAUGUACCUGAUUCGAUUAUUAAUACCUAUAUGUGCCCUUCUUAGUGUUGCAAAGCAUCAGGGUGCAUAUUCAUAAUUAUGUAUUUAUUUGUUUGGUUUCAAAAGGAUGUGCAUGGAUGUGAUAUCAUUAUAUAUUACUAAUAGUUAAGUAUGUAACUUUUAGUAAGUGGGAAUAGGUAGUACAGAGUAUUUAUAAUAACAACGUUAUACUUAUUAAAGAAAAUCCCUGUU